GAUGGAUACUAUAUUUGUGAAGGAAGUGAGAAGAAGUGGCGCAGCGGAAAAAGCCGGUUUGCACCAGGGUGACCAAAUCGUAGCUGUAAAUGGAAAACCCGUGUCGGGGCUAACUUACACGCAAGUCGUAACGCUUAUACAAUCUAGUGAGAAUCAAGUUGAUCUAGUCGUUUUACCCCGAGAACAUGACGAACUGCAAAUGGCGUAUAAAGAUUCAGCAUAUGAACCGGCUGCUGGCGAACCCUAUAAGGGUCCACCUCAAGGCAUACCUACGCCACCGAUUCCUAGUCGUAAUGUCACUUCUCGUACACCGUCGUCUUCUAGUGUUGCCAGUGCUUCAUCUAGCGAAGAAAGGCUAGUCAAUCGACGCGGUUCGGGCGAGGAUAAGCCAAAAACGGCUCGUUUACAAACACCACCGUACGCCCAUCAUCCGCCGUACACUCGUUCCUUGACCACUUCACAACUUCCCGUACCUCCACCCACUUUCUCAUCCGUCACUGCCCAGUCCGUCCCCGACAUGCAUCGACAACGUUCGAUUACUGACAGAAUGAAGCCCUACGACAGUGUCGACGAGAGUUCAUCUUCUCAAAAUAAACAAGAACGCCUCCUAAAAUGUGGCGAAAGCGUCGCUACUCGAACGGCUAAAUUCGAGAAGUUCACCUCCAAGUCUUCUCCCAAACCGGAAACUGUCCCAUUUUAUUUUAAAGACGGUGAUCAGCCAAAAGGCUCUUCUCACCGUCGUCCCCAUCGGCCGGCAAUUCGGCAGACUUCCUACCUGAAUGCGAUCAAUUCGCCUAAUCGAAACUCUGAUCCGACACCAUCUUCCGGUUCGGUUCCGAGUGUGCAACCCAGUACUGAAUUUGGUUUACGGUCAGCUAGUAAUAUCGCUUUGGCAGUUAUGCAGUCCGAAGCGCAUUCUGAAGUCUCUACAAGGACACAUUUAUCAACUGCAGAAGAAAAGGAAUCGAAAAUUAUCCACCGUACAUCUUACAUUACGGCCACAGAUAAAAAUAAAACAUCGUCACAUAGUUCAACUGAACGUUCUCACUCCGUUGAAGAGCGGAUUGAACGGCCUCAAGAUAGCGAAAACAGCAAUAUUUCAUUGUCGCCGCCAGCCUCAUCCACGCAAGCACGCGUAGUCUUGGAUAGGCUUGAAAUUCCCGUGCGUCAAGACAGUGAUUCCGGUUCUAAUAGUUCUAGCCCGAUAUCUAUGUCAGCGCCAGUAUCACCUCUCUUUGGUCAUAGUCUUGUCGAAGCAAUGACAACAACACCCACUAAACCUGGAAAGAAAUUUAGGAAUCCUUUCUCUCAGUCAACGGAUAAAACACCACGCAUUAUUGAAGAGAGAAGUGAUGUUUCAGUCGCUGCAAAUAGCAGCACCGAUUUGAUUUAUGAGGGUCGGUUGCUGUUUAAAGUUGAUUUGUUGCCAGAUGGAAAGCGCUCAAGUGAUCGUUCUUGGAAACCGGCUUGGGCGCAAAUACGUGGGCAGCUGAUGUACUUAUUUAAAGAGAAGCCGGAAGAAAGCGAACCGUCAAGUUCGUCAUCACAACCUGAAGAGACACCAAUACCCGUUGGUUCAUGUGUUGUUGAUAUAGCUUAUGAAUAUGUGAAAAAGAGAAGAAAUGUUUUACGAGUGACCACAAACGAGGAAUCUCAAUAUCUUAUUCAAACUGAAACUAAAGAAGAAAUGACGAAUUGGGCAAAGGCAAUAAGCACACAAAACGAUGCCGAUGAAAUGGCAAAAAUUGUACAAAAGCGCACAACGUCUCCUCAAGUGACCCAUAAAUCCACUUCAAAACCGAAAAUGCCAAAAGCUUUAAGCCGUUCCAGAAAUCCUGCAGUAUCUCUUCCAUCUCCAUCUGCUAAACAAAAGCGUCAGCACACGACGGAGAAGGUAGAUGAUGAACCGCAACGCUCGUGGAAACAGAUGGCAAAGAAGUUUACGACAAGAACUCGUCACGGUAGUCAAAGUAACGUGCCAACCGCCGAACCGACAUGUGGGACAUUUAAUUUACCACUCUCUCGUUGUCCUUGCUCAGACUCUAAUCCUGGCGUCCCUAUGAUAGUUGAAAAGUGUUGCGAAGCAGUAGAAGAACGUGGUUUAGAUACAACGGGAAUAUAUAGAGUGCCCGGAAAUAAAGCAGCAGUAAAGAUGCUGCAAGAGGAAUUGAGUAAGGCGCCAAUUAACUUCAAGUCAAUAACCGAAAACGAUAAAUGGCAAGACGUUCAUGUUGUUACGAGUCUUCUAAAAAGUUUUUUUAGGCAACUACCCGAUCCGAUAGUGACAAAAGACACGUAUGAUCAAUUUAUGCAGGCAAACCGAUACGAUGAUAAAAAUAGGAGAAUGCUGCAUUUGAAACGACGUUUGGCUCAACUACCAGAUCACAAUCGCGAAACGUUCCAGUAUUUAGCUAGGCAUUUAUCAAAAGUUGCCGAAAGAGGCGAAGCAAAUAAGAUGGAUAUCAGGAAUUUGGCCAUUAUUUUUGGGCCAACUUUAGUAAGGAGAACAGAUGAUAGUAUGUUAUCAUUAGUUUCGGAUAUGAGCGACCAGUGCCAGAUUGUUCAAAGUGUUAUAACACAUCAUGACUGGUUCUUUGGCUCUUGGGAAAAAGAUAGUGAAAUACCAGAGGACGAAUUUACAAAGGAAUCAGUUAAAGUUAGUGGUAUGAAUAAUCAGGCGCUAAUCGAACAUGCCGAAGUAAUUGAAUAUGGCGAAAAGAAAAAGAGGAAAGUUAAAAAGGAUAAAUGGAAGAGUUGUGACAGUGAACCCCCCACUAUAGAAAGAGACGCAGCUUCCGAUAGCGGAUACAGCGAAAGGAAUAUAGAUAGGGAAAUUGAAUUACGUAAAGCAGUUAAUCAGCCGUCCGUUGCGGAAGAAAGCGAAAUUCUUGUUAAUGUAAAAAUUCACGAAGCAUACGACGAAAAAAAUAUGCCACCACCUUUAACUUUAGAAGAUAGAGAAACUCUGCGCAAGGAGGCAGAAAGAGCAGCUUCACAGUCAGCUACUCAUGAACGCCACCUUCGACAUCUCGAUGAACUUAUUGCUCGAACCGAGAAAGAGAUUGAACAGGACGAACACGCGUCUCGCCGAGAAGCUAGGUGUGGAUCAUUAGACUCCUUAGAACAUUACAAGUUUUCUGAUGAUGACGUUUCUUCUCUUACUGACCUCUUCUCCAAUAUGAAACGACCAGGAAGCGACGAUUCGGAGGAUAGCACAAUCGUCGGGCGCCUUAUUAAUUCAGCAACGGCUGUACGACGACGGCGUCAGUACCGUAUGGGCGCCAGGCGUCGACAUACAGUGGCCGGCGUGAUAGAGAUGGAAGCGUUCAAGGCAGCUUUGGCGCGCAUGUGUCAGAAUGAAAACGUUGAAAAGGAAUCGGCCUGGUCGAGAUUGAAUCCAAAACCUUCCCGUGAUCCGACGCCUCGAAAUCUACCGUCUUGGUGCAGACAACAGCGUCAGAUGAACAGGCCAAAUCAAAUACAGAGCCCGACUACCGAAUCAGCUGGGCAGACUCCUUUUCCAAGCCAUGUUCACUACGAAAGUUCUAUCUAA